UUCCGCCAGCUGGGCCGGCCGGGCGCCCGCGCGGAGGUUAGACCUGGGGACCUGUGUGGCCUGCAGCCAGUUGACCAUGGGAGGCGUGAGCUCGGGCCACCAGCCCCUUGGGUGAGGACUCCGCAGGCUCCCACAACUGGUCCAUCAUGGAAGCGAAGAGAACUCCUCUAGCCAGGAGACGUACUUGCUGAAGGCCGCGGGCUGUCUUCAGGAGGAGUGCCUGGCCUGACUGACCAGAGCAGGUGCUGCAGCAGCUCCACGGAUGGGGAGGUGGGCCUUCGACGUGGCCUUCGUGUGGAAGGCGGUGCUCACUCUGGGGCUGGUCCUGCUCUACUACUGCUUCUCCAUCGGCAUCACCUUCUACAACAAAUGGCUGACGAAGAGCUUCCACUUCCCCCUGUUCAUGACGAUGCUGCACCUGGCCGUGAUCUUCCUGUUCUCCGCCCUGUCCCGGGCGCUCGUGCAGUGCUCCAGCCACAGGGCCCGCGUGGUGCUCAGCUGGACCGACUACCUCAGAAAAGUCGCCCCGACAGCGCUGGCAACAGCACUUGACGUGGGCUUGUCCAACUGGAGCUUCCUCUACAUCACCGUCUCACUGUACACAAUGACCAAAUCCUCAGCCGUGCUUUUCAUCCUGAUCUUCUCUCUGAUCUUCAAACUGGAAGAGCUGCGUGCGGCGCUUGUGCUGGUGGUGCUGCUCAUCGCGGGGGGCCUCUUCAUGUUCACCUAUAAGUCCACGCAGUUCAACAUCGAGGGCUUCGCCUUGGUGCUGGGGGCCUCGUUCAUCGGCGGCAUUCGCUGGACCCUCACCCAGAUGCUCCUGCAGAAGCCUGAACUCGGGCUCCAUAACCCCAUCGACACCAUGUUCCACCUGCAGCCACUCAUGUUCCUGGGACUCUUCCCUCUCUUUGCCAUAUUUGAAGGUCUCCAUUUAUCCACCUCUGAGAAAAUCUUCCGUUCCCAGGACCCGGGGCUGCUCCUGCGAGUGCUCGGCAGCCUCUUCCUUGGUGGGAUUCUCGCCUUUGGUCUGGGCUUCUCAGAGUUCCUCCUGGUCUCCAGGACCUCCAGCCUCACUCUCUCCAUUGCCGGCAUUUUUAAGGAAGUUUGCACUCUGCUGCUGGCAGCUCAUCUUCUGGGAGAUCAGAUCAGCCUCGUGAACUGGCUGGGCUUCGCUCUCUGCCUCUCAGGCAUCUCCCUGCAUGUGGCCCUCAAAGCCCUGCACUCCAGAGGUGAUGGAGGCCCUAAACCCUUGAAGGGGCUGGGCUCCAACCCCGACCUGGAGCUGCUGCUCCGGGGCAGCCAGCAGGAGGAGGAGGACAAUGAGGAGGAGGAGGAGUACUUCACAGCGCAGGGGCCGCAGUGACUGGCCGGGGACCCGUCGGGCCGCAGGCGCUUCUGGCCCUCACACUGGACGGCGGCUCGUGGGCCCAGGAGACUCCUCAGAGCAGCUGGGCAGCCGAGGCCAGGAGGCACGCGGGCUGGACCUCUGACGACACGCCGCCUCGCUCGUCAGGGCUGGGUCAGAAGCUCGUCAAGCGGAGCACCUGGCCAGCCUCGGACCUGACCGGAGCUGGCCUGCGUCCCAGUGGGAGGAGGGGGCUGUUUUCAACUGCUGGUCAGAUCCCGAAGCUUGUGACUGUGAUUUUAUAAAGGGCUUCGGAGGGCGGGGCUUGGAACUGCAGAGCAGUCGGAACGGUUGCUGGAGAGGCUGGGGCCUCGUCACCUGGAGAGCGGCUUUCUGGGAGAACAGAUCUAUUUAUAGUUUGGAAAUAAAGAGUUUCCAGUCUGCUGGUCACCUGCUGUUGCCUGGA